AUGGGCCGCGUCUAUAACAAGUCAAUGAUGGAUCAAAAUCCGGAUAUUGCUGGCAUCGGUCUCAUAGUGCCAUGCAGCAACGCACAGCUUGUCCAUAAUCUUGAUCGCCAGCCAGUUUCGCCAGGGAAAUUAUCAGUGAAAUCCUUGGUAUAUAAGCUGACAAUUGUACUACUAGCAACUAGCAUUCGACCAAUUAUAUUCUGGACUAGGCUAGAGUUUUUUGACCUU